AUGAUUAUAAAAUACAACGAACUCAGAGUUUCUAUUACUCCCAAAACCUAGACCAGUCUCAACAGUCCUGUCAGAAAGUAUUGUAAUCUUUCUAUAAUAGUAACACAUAGCCGGUAUUUAUAACAUCUCCAAAAAAAUAAUUGUCAAGCAUUAAGGAAAUCACUAAUAAAUAAUAAGAAUUAAAUAAACUUCUUAAUUAGCAUGUUGAUUUCUAGACUUAAUCUGCUAAUACAUCUAUCAAUUCAUUUGAUUGUAUUACUGCUUAAUCAAAAUUUAGAAGAAAACAAAUCAAUGCUGAUAUUAGUUCAAAAUUAAUGUACUUAGAUGAUGAAAUUGUAGAAGUAUAUAAUGAAUUCGAAAAGAAUUACAGAUAAAUUAAUGAUUUAGAUAAAUUAGAAUAUACUAAAUAAGCUAGUUAAAAAUAGAUUCAUGUUAGUAGAAAAAGUCUAAACAAUUUAAUUUAAACACAUGAUGGACUCAUGCAAUCAGAUUUAAAGUUCGGAAAUAUGAACAGAAUAAGAAUUAAUAGAUUCAAAUUUUAUUAUUUUCGUAUUAGACUAAGAGGAAAAGUAUCUCCAAUUUAAGUAUUCUUUAAUAUUCCAGAAAGAGUAUAAAGUUCAGCUGUAAAAAUGUUUUUAUCAACAAAAGCAGAAUUCCCUACUAAAUUUAAUGCUGAAUAUAUUCUUCAUUCUCGAUUUGCUAAAAUAUUUUCUGAAAGAAAUUAACAUUAUUUUACUGAAGAAUAUCUUUUCAUAACUAUAUAUUCAGAUGUUGAUUUCGAAUUCUCAAUAACAUUUUAAUUUGGAAAUACAUAAAUUACUAAAUCACCUCCUAAAUAAAUUAUAGAGUCUCUUGAUCUUAUAUAAACAAAUAGUUCUCCAAUUUAAAAGCAAUUACCUAAUGAUAAAAUAUUAUAAAAUCUUUCUUUAACUUAAUAUCAUGGAAGUUAAAAAUUAAAUAAAAUAUUAUCAGUUCAGUCAGAAAGAACUCAUAAAUAAAAAAUGGCUAAAUCUUUGAGAUAAUCAAUUCUAGAAGAUAAAUAAUUAGAUAAGAAAUCAAAAUUACUAGUUAAGGAUUAAAUUCUUCAUUUUAGAGAAGUUGAAAGAUAGAUCAAAUCAAAAAAAUUAUAAAUGCAAUUUGCUUAAUAAAAUUGGUUUCAACUUUUUAGUUUAUUACUUAUUACUGAAUAUGUUUCUAAUUCUCUUUAAGAAUAGAAAAGAAAAUAAAAAGUUGCAGCCAAAGGAAAAUUAUUAGUUUGGGCAAUGAAAACUAAAGCUUUAUUAGAUGUGAAGGAAUAUGGUGAAAGUGCAAAAGAAAGAACUAUUUUUAAAACUAGAUGUGUUAUCUAAAGUUUUGCAAGUAUGAUUAGAGAGAAAUCUAAAAUCAAAGCAGAAUUUGUUAUAACCAAAUUUAUGGGACGCAUACUAUUAUUUUUAACUAUUCUUAAUAAACAUUAAAGUACUCUAAACAAAGGUAUUUUUAAUAUUAAUUAAAAUAGUAAUCUUUAUAUAAAGAAAAUUUCGUUUAUUAAAAGCUAAAAAGAGAAAAUUCAGAGAUAAAUUUUGGAAAUUAAUCAAAGAAAAUAUAGCUGAUAUUAUUUAUGAUCUGAGAAGGUAAAAAGAAACAUAGUUCUUCUUUGAUAAAUAAUAAAUUAAUAUUGAUAUGUACAUGAUAAUGACAUAUUUAGACCUUAAAUGAAUAUAGUCAUAGAUGAGUAUUGUAAAAAACAAAGGAUUUUAUGGAUGGAAUAUAUCCAACACACCUUUUUAGAAAAAGAUUAAAAGAGAGUAAAAAAUUUGAUUUAAUUAUCAUAGAAAAUUCAUGAAUAUGCUAUAAAUUUGAAAGAACCGAAGAUUUAUGAUUUACCAAAUAAAAACGAGUUAAUCCCACUUAUAGAGUAAUAUGCAAAAAUGAAAAAAAUACUAUGA